AUGCUCACAUUUAUCGACACUAAUCGCAGGAAACUUCCUCGUUCAAUAUCUUUUGAUGAUACCAUAAAACUACUCGACCCGAAUGGAAAUUUGAUCUUGCCAUCACCACAGCUCACUCCACAGCUCACUCCAACUAAAUCGCGGCUAUCACUACGUAACUGGUUCACCACAAUGAAAAACAGACGAAAUCGAUUCACAGUAGCUGGAUCAACUGAAGAUUUGCCAUCCGUGGCGUCAUCGGACGACAAGUCAUUCAAGCCCACUUCCCAAACGAUGUUAAUCCCUGACUAA